UCUCCGCCUCCUGCGCGCCGCGGACAUGGCGGAGCUGGAGGUGGGGCAGCACUGCGGCGUGCCCGACUGCCGCCAGCUCGAUUUUCUUCCCUUUGUAUGUGAUGGCUGUUCAGGUAUCUUUUGCCUUCAGCACAGGAGCCGGGAUGCUCAUGGGUGUCCUGAGGUGAACAUAAGAAACAGUAAUGUGAAACCUGAUCAGCACAGAUCUUACCCAUGCUCAUACAAGGACUGCAAUGGAAAGGAGCUUUUGCCAGUGUUAUGUCCUUAUUGUGAAAAACAUUUUUGUCUCAGACAUCGUCAUCAGUCAGACCAUGAAUGUGAGAAGCUGGACACGCCAAAACCUCGAAUGGCUGCCACCCAGCAACUUGUUCAAGAUAUUAUAGAUUCCAAAAAAAGUGACGAAGUGAAAAGCAAAAAACGUAAAGGAGCAAAAAACAGUGAGACAGCAGCAAAAGUGGCAUUAAUGAAACUGAAAAUGCACGCAUGUGGGGACAAGUCCUUACCUCAGACAGAAAGAAUUUACUUUCAAGUAUUUUUACCAAAAGGGAACAAAGAGAAAAGCAAACCCAUGUUCUUUUGUAGUAAGUGGAGUAUUGGCAAAGUAGUAGAUUUUGCAGCUUCCUUAGCAAGCCUUAAAAAUUACAACAACAAAGCCACAUCCCAGAAACUGAGAUUAUGCCAUGCUGCCUCUGGAGAAGCCUUGCCAUUUGAGCACACACUGGAAACAUGGCUAUCUGAUAAAGACUAUCCACUGUACAAUGGAGGGAAUAUAAUUCUGGAGUAUCUUGAUAACAAUGUUCUAUUUAUAGAAGAUACAGAAUCCUACUUUAGUUAGUCAAAAAAUUUUCCCAAACAAAAAAAAAUCCAAUGUUUUUUAGAAGCAUGGUAUUGAAGCAAGUCCAGUUUUCUUUUUAAAUCACUGGUAUGCCAGAAUCUGUCUUCUAUUGUAAUGACACAAUUCCCAUCGAUUUCUCAGUUGCUUUACUGACAGAAGAACUAUGUCCUGAAAGGAAAAUGAUAGUAACUGUGAAUAUUACAGAUAUUCACAUUCUAGAAUAAAUUCUUGCUCUAUUGAGCUGUAUAAUAUCAAUGUUUUCUUAAAUUUGGUAUUUAUUUUUGUGUAAGUAAUAAAUAAUGAAAAUGUAAACUUGCAGUAUGAUGGUUUUCUGAAGGAAAGAAACAUAACACUGUUGCAGCAUCUCUUCUGCAUAUACACAAACAGAUUUGAUUGCAUUUGGAAAUCAGCACUGUCCACACACCAGUGUCCAUACACCCCAUUUUUUUUCUUAUAAUAGUUUAAUGACAUUUAGAAGGAAAGCUUUAUAAAGCAAAAGUAAAUUCACUCAGGUGUCUUCCUGAUUGU